GAUGAGCGUGGCCAUCUGACCCGGAUGUACUUGUGGCGGACUUCAUAUCCCAUCAUUCCUUUCUCCGCCUUCCUCUUUCCCUGCUGCAGCAAUGUCUAAGAGAGGACGUGGAGGUUCUUCUGGAGCGAAGUUCCGCAUCUCCCUGGGUCUCCCAGUAGGAGCGGUCAUCAACUGCGCAGACAACACAGGUGCCAAAAACCUGUACAUCAUCUCUGUAAAAGGCAUCAAGGGCCGCCUGAACCGCCUGCCCUCUGCUGGAGUGGGGGACAUGGUGAUGGCCACAGUCAAGAAAGGCAAGCCCGAGCUCAGGAAGAAGGUGCAUCCUGCGGUGGUGAUCCGGCAGCGGAAGUCAUAUCGAAGAAAAGAUGGAGUGUUUCUAUACUUUGAAGACAAUGCUGGGGUCAUAGUAAACAACAAAGGAGAAAUGAAAGGUUCAGCCAUCACAGGCCCAGUGGCCAAAGAGUGUGCAGACCUCUGGCCCAGGAUCGCCUCCAACGCCGGCAGCAUUGCAUGAGCCCCACUGUUUUCAAUAAAUGUUGUUAA